GGGCUUUGCCUGUAGGCUGUGCAAGCCGGCUUCUCUCUCUCCCCUGCCCAGUGUGCGCACUCCCUCCCUCCCUCUCUCUCGGUUUCUCCCUCUUGGCGACGACUGGGCGGCCGACAGGCCGUCGCCGCCGCCCUACGCCAGGUUCCGAGGUCUUCAUCGGGCCCUUCUCCGGCGACGAGCACCACAGGGUGACAAGGAUAGCUUUCUCAGGUCAGUGAAGGAAGACAUCUUCUUGCCGCGGUAGAGCUCCUGACGGUUGCUGGGUUGUGCUACAAGUAUCUAGGGGUGGAUUUGGACUGGGAGAUGGUAUACUGAAGGAAAACUCAAAAGUCUCAAGUGAGCUUGCUUCAAGAUGGAUGAAGGCCAGGGAGUUAGGUAUUGGUGCCACAGGUGUGAGGAGGUGAUAGAUCCUAUGCCUGAGAUGAAGUGCCCAAGCUGUGACGGUGGGUUUGUUGAAGAGAUGGGCUCUGAAGACUUCGAGGCAGCUACGAACGCAAGGUCUGAUCGCUCCCUCUCUCUCUUGGCUCCACUGCUGUUUGGUAUGUUGGGGGGUUCGUCCCGCAGAUCAAGACUCAGGAGGGAGGCCAUGGCUGACGAUGAUGCUGAUGAGGAUGACGAAGAGGAUGAUUCAGACCAUGAGCUUGAAGCUUCCAGUAGGAGGCGGAGGAGGAGGGGCUCAUCAGCGCUUUUGAGGAUGCUCCAGACUAUCCGUGACCGUGAUGACGUAAGGGGCUCGGAUGACACUGACAGUGAUACAGAGAGAGACCUGGAGAGAGCGAGAAGGGAGAGGAUCGAGAGGCGGAUGGCGAGGGAGAGGAUUCAGGAGCGGAUGGAGAGGCAGAGAGAGAGGGCAAGGCAAAUUGAGAGAGUGAGUGCUCGUGGCAGAGAGAGGACAGAAAGCCUAAUACUGAUCAACUCCAACAAUGAGGCUAUUAUUCUGCAAGGAACAUUUGGAUCUGAUGACAAUCAAGAGGACUCAAGCAACACAAGUUCUGGUGUAUCACUUGGGGAUUACUUUCUUGGUCCUGCCCUAGAUACUCUCUUGCAGCGUUUGGCGGAGAGUGACCUCAAUCGUUCUGGCACACCACCUGCCAAGAAGGAAGCAGUAGCUGCGCUGCCAACUGUGAACAUCGAGGAAGUGUUGGGCUGUUCAGUCUGUCUUGAGGAUUUUGAGAUGGGAGCAGAAGCAAAGCAGAUGCCCUGUCAGCAUAAGUUCCACUCCCAUUGCAUACUUCCAUGGCUGGAGCUCCACAGUUCUUGCCCAAUCUGUCGAUUUCAGUUGCCUACUGAGGAGACGAAGAAUCCAUGUGAAUCAGCCAGCACUGCAGGGGCCAUGAACAGAGAUGGAGACAAUGCUGCUGCAAGCAGUAGUGAUACAGAAAGUAGUAACCGCAAUGGAGACAACCAUUCUGAUAGUCCUAUCUUCUCUGCUCUGAGCACACUCUUCUCUGAUCCAUUCUCAUCUGAUGAUGAUGAAAGUGUUCCACACUCAUCUGAGAACUGAAGACAGCGUUGGAUGCAAGCUUGCAAUAUGGUGAAGGUGUUCUGAAAUAUGAGGCUGGCAUCUUUAUAUUGUAGUUUCUGUACAUAUCUCUGAAUGGUCGCCCCCCCAGAAGACAAACUAUUAUCUUCGCUUUCCUGAAAACUAUGUGGCUUGUAAUCUGCUAGUGCUUGUUAUGUUUACUUGCCUCAAAUAAAUGUUAGCCUCCAGCGUGCUUACCAUCUCCGGAAGACUUAGACAUGCAUGUGGACGCCAAUUUGGUUGACAGUAUGGCCAAUGUAAGGCAACCCCUCCACUAGCUGUUAUGGCGUAUGUAUGCAGUGACUUUGCGUCUUAUAUUUUAACUGUCUAUGAGAACUCCUUAGAAGAUGGCUGGAAAAUUUCUGUGAAGGCAAAUACCAUCCAAUGGUCCUCAUUCCACAGUCCGUUGUAUUUUUGAGUGGAUGCAACGUUGCAGGUGCUGCCUCAUGUGGUCCUGAAUGUCACCCCUGAGGUUGAGGAUAUCUGGUAUCUUAUUGCUGUGUUUUUUAUAUGUGUUCCUUUUAUUGCUC